GCGGCGUGCCGAGAACACCGAGUUCCCCCGAAAGCGCUGCAGAACCUGCCCUUUAAUUCCGGAAAGCUCCUCCGCCAUGUACACCCGGUCGGCGUAACACAACAGCGGGACCCUCGGCUCCUCACAUCCUCCGUCUCACCGUCUCUCCUCCGCCGCGUCACCUCCGAGUUUCUCUCCCCCCUGCCAUGCCCCGGGUCACCUCGCUGCUGCCCGCCCUGCUGUCCGUUCUCCUGCUGGGCCAGAGCCGGGGGUAUUUCCCCGAGGAGCGCUGGAGCCCCGAGUCUCCGCUCCUCGCUCCCCGGGUCGUCAUCUCGCUGGUCUGCCGCAACUCGGCGCACUCCCUGCCGCUGUUCCUCGGAGCCAUCGAGCGCCUCAACUACCCGAAGGACCGCAUUGCGCUCUGGGUAGCAACAGAUCGCAACGCGGAUAACACCACGGCCAUCCUCCGGGACUGGCUCAUCAAGGUGCAGAAUUACUAUCACUAUGUGGAGUGGAGACCUGACGAGGACUCCAGUGCCUUUGAGGAUGAGUUGGGGCCGAAGCACUGGAAUAACCUGCGUUAUGAGCAUGUGAUGAAGCUCCGUCAGGCGGCGCUGGACACUGCCCGGGAGAUCUGGGCCGACUACCUCCUGGUGGCUGACUGUGACAACCUGCUCACCAGUCGGGAUGUGUUGUGGAAGCUGAUGAGGGAGAACAAGACGAUCGUCGCUCCCAUGCUGGAGUCCAGAGCGGCAUACUCCAAUUUCUGGUGCGGCAUGACUUCACAGGGUUACUACAAGCGCACGCCGGCCUACAUGCCCAUCCGGAAGCAGGAGCGUCGCGGCUGCUUCUCCGUCCCCAUGGUCCACUCCACCUACCUGCUGGACCUGCGGAAAGAGGCCUCCCGUCAGCUGGCGUUUUACCCGCCGCACCCAGAGUACAGCUGGGCCCUGGACGAUGUGAUUGUGUUUGCUUUCUCAGCUCGCAUGGCCGAAGUCCAGAUGUACAUUUGCAACAAGGAAACGUACGGGUAUUUCCCAGUGCCGAUGCGCUCCCAUGCAACCCUGCAGGAUGAGGCUGAAAGCUUUUUGCAUACUCACCUUGAAAUCAUGGUGAAAAAUCCUCCACUGGAGCCCUCCAGCUUCCUGUCUCUUCCUCCCAAGCAGCCUAACAAGAUGGGCUUUGAUGAGGUGUUUAUGAUAAAUCUGGCGCGCAGAGCUGACCGUCGUGAGCGAAUGCUAAGAACGCUGCACGAGCAGGAGCUCAGCUGUAAGGUGGUUCCUGCUGUGGAUGGCAAAGCUCUGAACAAGUCUGAAAUAGAGGCAAUGGGGAUUAAGAUGUUGCCGGGAUACAAAGACCCUUAUCACGGCCGACCUCUCACCAAGGGCGAGCUGGGCUGCUUCCUCUCUCACUACAACAUCUGGAAGGAGAUCGCAGACCGCGGCCUGCAGACGUCCCUCGUCAUCGAGGACGACCUCCGCUUCGAGGUGUUCUUCAGACGUCGUCUGCAGGCGCUGCUGCUCGAGGUGACGACGCACAAACUGGACUGGGAUCUGAUCUACAUCGGGCGUAAGAGGAUGCAGGUGGACCACCCGGAGAGGUCCCUACCCAACAUCCACAACCUGGUGGAGGCCGACUACUCCUACUGGACGCUGGGAUACAUGCUGUCUCUGCGAGGAGCCAGGAAGCUGCUGCGAGCCAAGCCUCUGACCAAGAUGCUCCCUGUGGACGAGUUCCUCCCCGUCAUGUACGACAAACACCCAGUCUCGGAGUACAUGGACCACUUCCAGCGCCGGGACCUGCGCGCCUUCUCGGCCGAGCCGCUGCUGGUCUACCCGACCCACUACACGGGAGACGACGGCUACAUCAGCGACACGGAGACGUCGGUGGUCUGGGACAACGAGACGGUGAAAACCGACUGGGACCGAGCCAAGUCGAGGAAGACCCAGGAGCAGGGCGAGCUCAGCUUCCAGGCGCAGAACUCUGACGUCCUGCAGUCGGAGCUGGAGAACUGGAGCGCUCGGGACGAGCUGUGAAGAGCAAAACCCAGACGUGAAACAACCGCAGGGAGAGCGUGGCUGUGAUGGGGGAGGGGAUGCGGGGAUGGCAGGGAGCCGGCAGAGGAGGAGGCAGAGCUGCUGGACGCUCGGCUGGUCGGGAACCAAAAUUUCUCCUUCAGCGUUUCUUCCUCUGGAAAGACGAGGCUGAACGUGACGUCUGGAGAAGCAGCUUUUGAGUUUAACUUAUUGCAUCCUGUUCUCGUCCCCCUGUCCACAGCCGCAGCCUGUCUUAACAAUCUUUAAAUUAUUUUCCAGCCUCAGUACUGGAAGAUUUGACAGUAACUUCUGCUGACUUUUCAGCUGCCAUGCCACCAAAAGCCAAACAGUGGUUUUAAAUAAGUGCCUCUAAAAUGAGAAAGAGAAUGUUCUGUUGAUGAAAUACGUUACUGUUGCUCAGCCCUGAAAUUAAUUCACCCUAUGAGACGUCUGAUUUAUUUUAUGACUGGUUUAAAAUCCAAGUCAUGGAUUAAAUUAAAUCACUGCACAGCUGUUUUUCCCACAUUUCUAUUUAGUUGAGUUUUUUUCUUAUUUUUGUCUUUUAAUCUCUGAAUGUUUAGCAAUUAUUCUCUAUUUUUUUAAUGUAAAAUCUGAUCUUCUGUUCCUGUUACCAACACGUGCAGCAGAGCUGAUUCUGUUUCAGGGUUUUUUGCUCACCAAAUAAUUGCGGCUUUAACCCAGACGUGCAGCUUAUGUUACGUUCAGCUGAACAGAGAUUUUUUUUAGUAACUUUUAAUGUUUUAUUACUUUUCUGUGUUGGAGAAGUGUGUUUUUUAUUAUUUUAUUUUGAUUUUU